GGUUUCUUAAAUGUUGUAUGUAUACUGAAGUGCACACUUUGUUAUCAAAGUAUAUAGCGACCACCAAUUUAACUGACUUAGGGCUCUGUUUUUGAAUUCAUAUCCAUGUUUUCCAUUUUCCACUGACCUGCCUGCAUCUGAAGAUAAAAUGAGCUGCUUUGGUUCAUUUCAUAGACAAUUGGGAUCAAUAAAGUUUUUUUUUGUUUUUUGUUUUUUUUUUUUUUUUUCUUUUUUUGUACUCAUACGACAGCUCUGUGCUUCAGGCUGCUUUCCCAAUAAAGUUGCAUUUUUCAUUCUGAUGUUGAAACGAACGUGAACUGUAGUCUGCUCUGGAAAUAAAUUAAUUCUCACUAGAGCAACAAAUAAAGCAACAGUAAAAUAUGGAUGACCAAGAGCAACAAUGAACUUCUGCUUUUAAAGAACUGGAAAAGUAUUAGGAUAUUAAAGUGUGGAUUUCUCUGAGCUGCUCCUGUCUCAAGUACGGGUUUGUAUUAAAAUUACCCAGCAACUGUCAGUGUUUCUGCCUGUGCUGAAGCUGUUUUCUUGAUCCUAGAGGAAGAGAUAAUGGUGGCAUAGAACAUAAAUAUGAAACUGAGGAGGAACUUCUUUACUUCAGGGGUGACAGAGUACUGGAACAAGUUGUCUGAAGAAGUGGUGGAGUCGUCUUCUCUGGAGAUGUUCAGAACUCCCCUGAGAGCUUUCCUGUGAAACCUACUGUAGGGAGCCUGCUUUGAAAGGGGGGUUAGUCUGAAUAACCUGUAGAAGUCCUUGCCAACCCUGUGAUUCUUUGAAGUUACAACCUCCUUUUUCUACUCAGCACAUACUGUCAGAGUAAGAGAUGCUUCAGUCUUCAAACUCCUUUACUCACAAGGACUGCUUACCUCCUGACUACCUAGUCUUGUAACAAAAAAGCCAUGGGUCUGGGUUCUUGUUUCCAGCCUGCCCCCAGGCAGGGCAAUAUAGUUCAAAUUCAGAUCAGCAGCACUAGACUAAUCUGAAAUACAGAUUUUUUUUUUUUAAUUUUUUAAAUUUAAAUUAAAAAUUACAUUUCACCAACAAGGAACCUGGACCCUGUAUCCAAAGACCCUGUGCAAGAGUCUGAAGUUUAUCUUGUAGCAUAUUGCAGCAAAUGUUUUACCCCAUAAUAAAGUAAACCUGAAUGAUACGCUGCUAAUAGCAUUAAUGAGAAGGUCAGUAUGCUGCUGGGAGUGGCAUUUUAUAAGAAAGAACAAAACAUGAUGUUGGUUUAAAAGAAAAUGAGAGUGACAACUAUUACUUCUCCACUUUUGGAAUCUAGCAGAUAAUGUCUUAUUUGAAAAUGGACAAGUUAAUUUAUGUUUGUGGGGAAAAAGAAUUUCCCACAGGUGUCAGUGCAUAGUUAGUCCUACUUUUAACUAGGAGAGUGGUCUUUAAAAGUAGCCGGAAACAAGGUUUUUCCUCACUCUCUCCUCCUGUCCAAGUCUGUCACCUACAGAUGUGUCUCUGUUAAAGGAAGUUAACUGAAAAUGGGAAAUUGCACACACAGGUCUAUGGCAGCAAAAAGACAUCGAAAAAACAACCCCUCAAUAGGAGGAAUGCUGAGUUUCUAAACACAAAUGGGUAGUUCUUGCAAUACCACUCAUUCAUACACAAAGUAUGCAGAAUUAGGUGAAGGCACGCUUCAGUAUAGUAUAGAUUCUGCAUGCUGUAUUUAUCCUUGUCUUGCUCUGCUGUGGCAAAGAAGAUGUGCAUGUAUGUGCACUCAGUUCCUUGUUGCUGUGCAGUGUGAUGUCUUUGUAUAUGAAAAAGCACUUUGAAAGAGGGUUUGCAAGGUUAAAUUUGGUAUGAAAUCAAGGAUAGGAGGAAGAGGACAAAAUAUGAUGGAAUAUGGUAUAAUAUGGUAUAAUAUGGUAUAAUUCCCAGAAAGUUUAAAGAUUUUACCUGUACACUUGCAUAGUUAUUACUUGUCUUUCUGAUACACAUAACUAACUAGGGAACUGAAACUAGGUUAGGCACGCCAAUGAACAGAAUGAUUAGGGGAGAGUUUAGAACUAAAACUGUGUAGCACCACUAAUGUCACCUCUCGGUUUUUAUGUUGCUGUUGUUAAAAUAAGCUGCUUAAAUUCCUUCAGUGCCUAAUGGCUGACUUUGGGGAGUUUUAUUAGUUACAUUGUAGAAAAGCAGUUGUUUUGGGUUGGAUUCAUCUGGGUUAACGGAGAUGAAUCAUCCAAAGUCAACAAAGGGUUUUCAGUAAUGAGCUCUGCAUGGACUCAUGGGCGUUGGCAAGCAACAGGAAUCCAGCUUUUGCAGCACUUAAGAUAUUUGAGAAACUAAUUGCCAGGCUUGCUUAAUACUUGGUGUAAAAUGGUGGUGUCCUGUUCUGGCAGUAUGUGUGGCAGCAAAACACUCUUUGAUGUGACAUUUGCAGAGCUCAGUUUAGAUAUGAAGUGAGUCAUGUGGUGUGUUGGCACACUAGAAUGGAUGCUAUUUCAGGUGUCAUUUUCUUAGUGAGUUUCUUCUAAACAGAGCAGAUCAUUAUGAGAAGUUGCCCACUCAGUAAUAAUUCAGGCCUUUGCUUUUAGGAACAACAAAAAAAAAGAAAACAUUUUGACUUACUAAAUGAAUUGUGAGUCUAGUAAUAAAAAUCAAUCCUGGGUUCUGAUGUGCCUGCUUUUAAUUCAGCUGUUUUCCAUUACCGGAAGGAGCGGUACUGAUACCACAUCUGUGAGUGUGCUGGAGAAGGUUUGUCACUGGUUCCAGUUAGAGGGGGGGGCUUGAAAAUGUGCCCCUGGUGAUCAGGGAAUAAAGAGGAAAUAUGGGAAGAGCUUCAGUGUAACAUCUGAAGGCUUUAAAGUGAAUCUCUUGGGAGAAAAAAAGUGAGAAAAGGAGAGUCACAGCAGAAAAUGGAUAGAAAAUAAAAUGGUGCAGUUGUGUGAGUGCCACCAUGCCCAUUUCCUUGGGAAAUAUAUAAAAAAUGACAUCGUUGAUUCUAAAAGAUCCCCCCCUUUUUUUUUUCUGUAAUGUUGAACUUCCUAUUAAGUAAACCUUAAGCUUGAUCUUUAAUUACUUUUCUGAUAACUUACUAGGGCAAGAGAAGAAGAUAUGUGUUGUGCUUUGACAUUCAAACAGCUCUGGCUCUGCUGUACUGGAAUGGAUGCUUAGUUGCAUGGGGCUGUCAGAACAAUGACAAAUAAAAAUGAGGAAAGUGCCUGGCUCCUGCUUCCCACAGUGCAGAGCCACAGAUGCAUUUCAGAAAGCAGCCAGACCUCUUGUCAUGUACUUAGGUCAGAUCUGUAGCCAUACAUGCUCAAAUGUAAGUUCAGAAUAAAACUUUGCACAAUAGCAGGAUUUAUCUCAUCAAACAGUUCAUCAUUCUGCUGAAAAUAAUAAAGAAAUGUGAUUAUAUCUGCCUGGCAGUUUCUAGCUGGUGUUGCUUGGACUUCUGUGUGCCCUGUGUUGUGCUCAAAACUCAGGUUAGUGUUUCUGAAGGGAUACCUCAUGUCAGCAGCCAGUGCUGGGCUCCAUGUGAGCUCUCAUGUGCAGUCAAGUGUUGAAGGGACCUCUGUUUCCUUUAGAUUUGUGUUGCUACAAUUUUCUAAUAGUAAUAGCUUAGGCCAAUAUCUGUGUGAACUUUGAGGCAAUGUGGACUUUCUGUGCAGAUGUUUGACAUCUGUCAAACAGCCCAUGUAAGGUCAAAUUAUCGCUACAGUAAUGAUGAACCAUUUGCCUCAUGCUGCAGAACAGCUGCACAGGAAUCUAUUUCAACAAGAGGAGUGUUUCUAAGCGGUCACUAGGAAGUGAGAUUUUUUUAAUGUUCCUUCCUGAGUCUAACUUGUAGACGUAUUUAAUUAGGGAGAUCGUUAAGGAGGACCUUUGAGAAGGGAAACUGCUACUUAAAGACAUGUUUAGAAAGGAUAGGUAGUUUAGGCAGCAGAAUUUGUCUGUUCUUCUACCUACAAUUAAGCAGCGGAGUCAUAUGAAGUGACUGAAUCAAACAGGAGGUCAGAAUACUUUUUGUAUUUUAAACCUUGUAAUCUUUUGUUAGCUUAGAAGAGCAAAACUUCUAGUAUUCUUGAGAGAUGGCUUUAGAAACAUGUGGAAGCUGUUUGAGCUGUCUGCUGGUCCCUCUUGCACUUUGGAGCAUUGUUGUUAAUGUCCUUUUAUAUUUCCCUAAUGGGAAUGCUUCAUAUGUUGCUAGUUACCAGCAUCCCAACUAUGUGUGGUAUUUUGAAGGCAUCUGUUUCUCAGGUGUGAUGAUUCUUCUGUUGGCAAUAAUUCUCAUAGCACUGGAGUGUAAUGCAUUCUAUCGGUGCUGCCGAAGUGAGAGUUGUAACAAAACCUACAGAAGUUUUAUUUCAAUUGUGCUAGCCAUGCUUGGAGUUGCUUUCUCUGGAUACAGUUGCAUCAUUUUUACCUUGGGAUUGAUCCAAGGCCCUUUCUGCAAUUCAUCCAAUGGAUGGGAUUACAUCUUCAAAGAUACUGUUGGAGGAUACCUCACAGAUUACUCUGCUUGGUCUCAAUGUGCUGAACCUGCUAAUGCUGUGGAAUGGACCAUCAUUUUACUCUCUAUUCUGAUGACUCUUAGUGGACUGCAGUUGAUCAUCUGUUUUCUUAAAGUGGCUGCUGAGCUGAAACGUACACUGUGUGGGACCUAUUCUGUUUUUAUUCAGGCUGGGAUUCUCUGAAAACGGCAAAACGCUGAACCACUGUUUUCCUAAAGAAAACACUGUUUUCCUACCUGUCUAGUUGUCUCUGGCAGUGACUUUUUUUAACCCUCCAGCUUGGGUCUGAACCCUCAGGGAGGUCUGAAUACUGCGGAACUCCUUUUGUAGUAAAACCAUCUUUUUGGAAUAAACUGCUGUAUUUAUAGUACCCUCUUUUUGUUUAGAAAAUGAGAGUAUUUGUUCUGAAAGGGCCUGAUUCAAACCCUAGCAUGUCAAGAAAAAUUCUCCCUUGAGAAUUAAUGUGCUGGACGAAGCCAUGGUUUCUACAUGACUGAAUUUCAGUUACAGACAGAGCACGAUAGUCAUGAGAGGCAGAAGCUCAUGCUGCAUUUUUUGUCCUAGAAGCUUAUUAACUGUACAAAGCAAUUUAUGGAAAAAAAGUCUAGCAAGUCUUACCAAGGUAAGGCAUCUAGGCCUGAUUGAAGAUGAGAAAUGCAUCUUCAAAGUCAGCUAUACUAGUUCGUGUGCUUUAAUAGGUGCCUUGGGAUUCUUUUUUACUCAAGAGGCAGGCUUUUUUUUUCUUUUUUUUUUUUUCUUUUAAUCGAGUAUUAUGAGAAUUUUGGAAAUAUGAGGAAACCCUGUGAAUAUCGAGUGCUAGCUUGUUAAUACUUGUAAGUAUCCUGACUUUGCUGCAGGAGAAGGCUGAUAUUCUUGCCGAUAUCUUGCCAAUAACAUUCAGAAUUUCAGUAAUUUAAUUCUGUUUCAAGACAAUUCUGAGAUUUUUGUAUUGAUAUUCCUCUGGCAGAUAUUUUGAAAAGCUGGUUUCUUUCUUCAGGAAUUAAGUAAUGUAUAUUAAAUUUUAAUUUAGUUUAUAUGAAGUUGAAAGAAGUAAUAAAAAGUUACUGAUGUUUA